GGGCUUCCUUUUCCGGGUCUCGAGGCUGCUGAAACCGAAACUGCUGUGCUGUGGGCGCAGCGCCGAGAUUGAUUCACCUUCUGUGCAGAGCUCCAGCUGACCCGAGUAGGCAGCCAGACGAGCUGUAAAACAUGAACGGAAGAGUGGUUUAUUUGGUCGCUGAGGAAGAGAUCAAUCUUACCAGAGGACCCUCAGGACUGGGCUUCAACAUCGUCGGUGGGACAGAUCAGCAGUAUGUCUCCAACGACAGUGGCAUCUACGUCAGCCGCAUCAAAGAAAAUGGGGCUGCGGCGCUGGAUGGGCGGCUCCAGGAGGGUGAUAAGAUCCUUUCGGUAAAUGGCCAAGACCUAAAGAACCUGCUGCACCAGGAUGCUGUAGACCUCUUUCGUAAUGCAGGUUAUGCUGUGUCUCUGAGAGUGCAGCACAGGUUACAGGUGCAGAAUGGACCUAUAGGACAUCGAGGUGAAGGGGACCCAAGUGGUAUUCCCAUAUUUAUGGUGCUGGUGCCAGUGUUUGCCCUCACCAUGAUAGCAGCCUGGGUUUUCAUGAGAUACCGGCAACAACUUUGAAAAACUUGCUCUCUUUCAGUACUCCCAAUGAAGAUACAUUUCACUCACCCUCCAUCCCGUUACUCUGCCAUGUCUUUCACUCUCUGCAUAGCCAGAUUUGAAGUGACUGAUACCCACCCCAAACCUUGCUGUUCAGAAUCUCCAAUCCUUCGUAUUCUAAUGGGAAAGUAAAGGUAUUGUUUGAAGGAAAACUGAAGAAAAGACUUGCUUAGAACAAAUGAGUUAUAUAUUUUACUAGGACUUUCAAUAGAAAUUCAGCUACAACCCAAAGAGAGAAAGAUUGAGUCUUCGUGUCACCAUAGGCAAUAUCAUUUUUCUUAGCUGGCAUGCCAUAAAGACCAGCUGUGUGAUAUUAGAGGAAGAAAGGAUUUUUCUUUUUAAUGAUCUUCCUUGGGAAAUUAUUGUGGCCUUUAUUUAAUUUCUAAUUACAUACCUGGGUGCCUAUAUCAGACAGAGUGAGAAGAGCAUUUUUACUUUUUUAAAAAAGCAAAUACAUAUAUACACAUACAUAUGUAAAUAUUAUAGAUAAUAGUGAUACCUAUGGAGAAUUAAAGGUGAGAAAGCUACUUUGUGGUGUCUAAGUUUCUGAUAAAAGGGAUGAUCUUAAUUGAAGAAUUUAAAGAGAUACUUAAAGAGCAAAUGUAGUAGGAGCAACAGAGUGAGCCUUAUAAGAGGACGUUCAGUCUCAUUUAUUAAAAUAAUGACUGAGACUGGGAGAGGAGGCUCACACCUGUAAAUCCCAGCACUUUGGUAGCAUGAAGUGGGAGAUUGCUUGAGUCCAGGAGUUUGAGACCAGCCUGGACAACAUAGCAAAACCUCAUAUCUAUUUAAAAAAAAAAUAGAAAAAAAAUGUAGUAACUGAAGCAACUAAUUAAAAAUCUUAGAAGAA